AUGGGCGGUGACAUUGAAGACUCGCAAGAGGCCUCAAUGUACGGCCUACAACUCUACCUAACCACAAAUGGCACUGAUCAAGCUCCAGCCUCAUCAGCUUCGUCAACCAGCUCAGCCGGGCCCAGUAACUCAGUUGGGGACGUGGCCCCAAUCCUCGAUGAAGUCAUCGACAUGAACAACAUCAGACGUCGCGGAGUUCGUCGCAGAAGAUCGUUGAAGACUGACAACCCGGACUGUCCUAGCAUGAUGGCUUCGACUGGUGAUGAACAACUUUACAAGCCUUCGGCCAAGAUCAUGAAAGCAGAUUCGCCUGGAGAAGCGUGCAACGGCACUCAUACCGAAGACAACCAGAACUACAGUAGCAGCUACAUCAGUCGGAUACCGUACGAAGUGGUGUCAAAGAUCUUCGAUUAUCUCUACGAAGACGACUUAGCUCGCUGUGCCCAAGUUUGCCAUCGUUUCAAUCGUGUAGCCGGCGAUCCAGAGCUGUGGCGUCGCAAGUACUUGGAUGUGUUCGAGUACACUCAACCGCUACACCACCCAGCACACUCGAAAUUCGAAUUCAGAGAUCCGAAACAGAGCCGUCGGCCCAAUCCGUGGCGUGACAGCUAUCUCCAACUCAAACAUGGCGUACACGUUUGGCCUGGAAUGGGCGAUCGGCUAGCCCGGAGAAAGAUUGCCCACUUCGAAACGAUCGAUGGUGCUUUGAAGUACGUUGAGGCACGGCCCGACCAUGAAAAGCUGAUCUUCCUGCACGCUGGCGAGUAUUAUAUUGAUUCGACCGUUCACAUCAGCAACAAAGUUCAAAUGAUUGGAGCUAGUGCUGGGCCUUUGGUAAGAGACAAGGUUACCAUAAUGAACUCGGUAGAUACUACAGUAGCCUUUACCGAUGGAUCAAACAACUCCUACCUCGGGUACAUGAAUAUUAUCUUCAAACCACAUCAACAAUGUCCAAACCCACAUGCUCAACACUACGCGUUGUUGGUGAGCGACGAUGCUACACCAAUGAUCGAGCAUUGUACGAUAAGAUCUUCAUCUGAGCUUGGAGCUGCCAUGUGUGUGCGUAGAGCUCGUGCCAACCCAAGAGUACGAAACUGCUCGGUAACCGACUGUAGGAACGUUGGUAUCUACAUCAGCGACUAUGCUCAGGGUGUGUUCGAAGACUGUGACAUUGCUCGCAAUCAAUUGGCUGGUAUUUGGGUGAAAACUCACGCCCAUCCCACCUUCCGCCGCUGUGAUAUUCACAAUGGCAAAGACGUGGGUGUGUUCACGUUUGAGCACGGUAACGGCUACUUUGAACGUUGCAAUAUCUACGAAAACAAGAUCAGUGGAAUUGAAGUCAAACUGCACGCCAAUCCUACCGUAAUACGCUGUGAAAUUCACCACGGCAACACUGGUGGCAUCUAUGUUCACGAGAAGGGUCGAGGCCAAUUCAUGGAGAACAGAAUCUACGCCAACGCUUUCGCCGGAAUCUGGAUCACAUCGUUAUCGGACCCGACGAUCCGCCGCAAUGAAAUCUUCCACGGUAGCCAAGGCGGCGUCUACAUUUUCAGUGAAGGACGUGGCUUGAUCGAGCAGAACAACAUCUUUGGCAAUGCUUUAGCCGGCAUUCAGAUUCGCACGAAUUCCGACCCCAUCGUAAGGCUGAACAAGAUUCACGAUGGCAUGCACGGUGGCAUCUAUGUGCACGAGAAGGGAAAGGGACUGAUCGAAGAGAACGAGGUUUACCAAAACACUUUGGCAGGUAUUUGGGUAACAACUGGGUCAUCGCCCAUUAUGCGCCGGAACCGGAUUCACAGUGGUCGACAAGUCGGCGUCUACUUCUACGACAACGGCCAUGGACUACUAGAAGAGAAUGACAUUUUCAAUCACUCGUACUCAGGAGUACAAAUUCGAUCCGGAUCAAACCCCAAGAUAACCAGAAACAAAAUCUGGGGUGGUGCUAAUGGCGGAGUACUGGUCUAUAACAAUGGAGCCGGAGUACUAGAAGAUAACGAGAUCUUCGACAAUGCUAUGGCUGGAGUUUGGAUCAAAAUGGACUCGAAUCCAAUCCUACGAAGGAAUAAAAUCUUUGACGGCCGAGAUGGAGGUGUUUGCAUCUUCAGCAGAGGCAAGGGAGUGCUAGAAGACAACGAGAUCUUCCGAAACGCUCAAGCUGGAGUUCUUAUAUCAUCGGAAAGCAACCCAACAAUGAGGAGGAAUAAGGUGUUUGAUGGUAGAGCCGCUGGCAUCGAAAUUACUACUGGAGCUACUGCUACUUUGGAGCAAAAUUACGUCUAUAACAACAAGUUUGGAGGUAGGAACUACUCAUUAUAUUAGAUUAGGCUUUCUAAGCGUCUUAUGACAAAGAGAAUAACAACUAAAGAAGGCAUAAUAGCCUUAUUUUACUUAUCAUAAUAUAAAUUUUAAAUUAGUCAAAGAUACCACAACUUUUAAAGCCUAACGCUAAACUACCCUUACUAUACCUACAACUUUUUUAACCAAUAAGAAGUAAACUUCGAAAAAGUAAUCAAAUACCUUUGUAGGUAUUUGCACAGCCACUGAUGUGAACCCAAUUCUUCGCGACAACCGUGUUCAAGACAACGCCAACUCAGUGGAACGUGCCGUGAACUCGGGCCACUGUUUAUUCAAAAUCAGCUCGUGUACUAGCUUCCCUAUGCACGACUUUUACAAGUAAGCAUAUUACCUUUGAAUUUGUUUUGCUUUAGAUAAAGGGUGCUAGAAUUACUACGUUAUAUCUGUUACUAUGUUAUACUAUAUAAGCUUUUCUAAGUUAUAUAGGACUAUAAUGAUAAUUUUUGAAUUUUUCAGAUGUAUCACUUGUAACACAACCGAUAGAAACGCCAUUUGCGUCAACUGCAUCAAACACUGUCAUGCUGGACAUCAAGUCGAGUUUGUGCGACAUGACAGGUCAGUACAAUAUUACUAAUCUUAGUUUUGAAAUAGCCAGCCUACGCUAUCGUAUCCUACUCUAUUCUACCCUCCUUAACCCUACCCUUAACUCCCUUACCCUACCCUACACUAUUCUGCCCUAUCCUUGACUUAGGGAAGAGUAGAGUAGGUUAAAAAAAUUUUUUUAAAAUCACCCCUAACCUAAAAAUCUCAACACAUCCCCUAACCGUUUCAAAUCUUCAGAUUCUUCUGCGAUUGCGGAGCCGGCACCUUGGACACUCCAAUCUGUUGCCUACAGAACGAAAUCCGCGACAGCGACGAAGUCUACGACUCGGCUGCGCCCACGGAAAGCGACACCGGCUCACUAUAA